AUGUACAUACACAGAUAUACACACGCACAGACACAUAUACAGACACAUGUACGUACAUACACACACAUGUACAUACACGCAGACACAGAUACACACAUGUACACAUGUACACGUACACACACCACUACCCCCCCAUACCAAGUUGCAGUACUUCGUUGUUCACUCACAGAGCCAGGUACUGCACUCUAGGGGGAGGCAGAGAGCACAGCACACACUCCUUCCUUUGCUUUCACUGCGCUCAGCUAUUGAGCAGUCUGACGGCUCCCAGUGCCAAUGACUGAUUCGGCCUGAGCUCCAAGCCUGCUCAGCAAGACGGCCCUGAGGGACACACUCGCCCCCACCAUAAUUUCCACUCGCCAUUGGCAGGCAGGCGAGUGGAAAUUUCAAGCCCUGUCUUA